UAAAAAAUACUUCUAUGUAUAAAUAAUAGAGAUUACAUUAAAUAAAGCCACUCAAACCUACACCCAUCCCUACUCUUUGGUGCUGGGUAAUUCAAUCACUAUAUUUGUCUGCAAAGUUUUGCCAACUCAGUAUUUCAAUUCUUCACUAAAACAAAAUCCAUAAUCCCCCACAAAAGCCCCAUCUUAUUAGAAGAAAACACACACACACUCACAUACAUUUUUUUUUCUCUCUCUAGUUUCUAUGAGUAACCCACCCACCCCUUUUCUACCCCCACCCACUCUCAUCCACCUAGUAGUAAAGGGAGACUGGUAUCUCUAUAAAAAGCCCUAAAGCUCCUCCUUUUCAACGCUUUUCCCACCAGAUCUCUUCGACUGACUCCCUUGGAGAUGCGUGCUUGUUGAGAGAAGCCAUUUUUACCAUCUACUCUUUCUCGGUCCUCUCUCUCUGCAAAUGCAUUUGCAGUCUUAAUCUGUAUAUAUCUUGCAUCGACACACACACACUCAUAAAACAGAGAGAGAAGCGGUUUCAUCAUCAAUGGAGAAUGGUAGUAAUGGGUUGUUCACGGAAGAAGAGUUGCGCGAGAUAAGUGGGGUGAAGAAAGAAGAUGAUUACGUGGAAGUGAUGUGUGGGUGCACUAGUCACCGAUAUGGUGAUGCUGUUGCUAGACUUAGGGUUUUCUCUUCUGGUGAACUUGAAAUCACCUGUGAUUGUACCCCUGGCUGCACUGAAGACAAGCUUACUCCAGCUGCAUUUGAGAAGCAUUCUGGGAGAGAAACUGCUAGGAAAUGGAAGAAUAAUAUAUGGAUCAUUGUCAAUGGUGAUAAAGUUCCUGUAGUAAAGACUCCACUGCUAAAAUAUUAUAACCAGACUUCAAAGCAUGCUAAUGGAUCAAAUAAAACUCAAAAUGGAAGAGCUUGUCAUCGUGAUGAGUUUCUAAAAUGCAUCGAGUGCGAGAAGGAACGCAGGUUCCGUCUCCGUUCAAAGGAAGAGUGCAGAAUUUACCAUGAUGCUUUAGCGAAUGUGCAUUGGAAGUGCUCCUGUAUUCCUUAUGACAAAGUUUCAUGUGAAGAUGAAGAAGAACGAGCAAGCCGUAGGGUGUACAGGGGAUGUUCUCGUUCUCCAACAUGUAAAGGUUGCACCACCUGUGUUUGUUUUGGUUGCGAAAUAUGCCGAUUUUCAGACUGCAGUUGCCAGACGUGCAGUGACUUCACAAGGAAUGCAAAAGCCUGAAUUAUUCUAUAUUUUGUUUCCAAUUAAUUGGGUUAUGUUUCCCCAUCAUUAAUUUAUCUGGAACCCCUGCCCUUCUGAUGUUUCUGCUGACAUGUCUAAGACCUUUUAAACCCAAAUUAAUCAUUUUGCAUUCAUAAUCAAAGGCUUCUUCUAUUUAUAAUA